AUGCUCGGGAUUGCCGCAUGGAAAGGGUUUAUUCGAUAUGGCCUUCUUUACGACCAUUUCGGUGAGGUCCUCGCUUUUCUGGGCAAGUUUGCCCUUGUUGUCACUGUUCUCUUGUACUUUAGGGGGAUUUAUUUUCCCACCAACUCGGACAGCGGCACGACCAGUUUCGGUAUCGUAUGGGAUAUGUGGCAUGGAACGGAGCUGCACCCGGAAAUCUUUGGCGUUAGUUUGAAGCAGCUCGUGAAUUGUCGCUUUGCCUUGAUGGGCUGGAGUGUUGCCAUAGUCGCGUUUGCUUGCAAGCAGAGGGAGCAGUACGGAUAUGUGUCCAAUUCUAUGUUAGUUUCAGUCGUUCUCCAACUGGUGUACAUCUUCAAGUUUUUCGUUUGGGAGGCCGGCUAUUUCAACUCAGUAAGUCUUGACCAUUCUCAUGUGUGCUUAUUUUGGAUCUAUCUUAGACCGUUAUACUAA